AUGGCACCCACCGCCCUGAAUACAACCCCUCACAUCCACGCUCUCCUCAAAAACCUGCACAAUAAAUCCCUAACCCAAGAAUCAACCCUAAGCUGGCCAGCCCUCCCAGCACAAUGCACAACCGAAUUCGACACCAUCAUGCGCGACAAGUUCAUCGCGCUGGACCAGGACAAGUGCGAACUCGUCUACCACAUCCUGCGCAGCAUCAACGCCACCAACGUUGUUGAAGCCGGUACCAGUUUCGGCGUCAGCACUAUCUACCUCGCGCUUGCUGUUGCUGAGAAUGCCAAGCGUGUUGGCAGUCAGAAGAAGGGCAAGCCUAGGGUUAUUGCUACCGAGAAGGAGGAGUCUAAGGCUACCUCUGCGCGGGCUCAUUGGGCUGCUGCUGGUCAUGAGGUUGAGGAGGUCAUUGAGCUUCGGGUUGGGGAUUUGAGGGAGACUCUUAUUUCUGAGCUUGGGGUUGUGGAUUUCUUGUUGCUUGAUAUCUGGACACCUCUCGCCCUGCCCGCGCUGAAGCUGUGCCAGCCGCAUUUUCGUCCUGGAUCGGUGAUUGUUGCUGAUAAUACCGUUAUGGCGGCUGAUCGAUAUCAGGAGCUGUUUGGAUAUGUGGAUGCUGAGGGUAGUGGGUUCCGUCGAGUUACUUUGCCGUAUAGUGGCGGUAUGGAUAUGAUUGUUUAUCAGUAG